AUGGGAAAUGGGCCUUGUUUCUUGACAAGAGCUUGCCUGGUGAUAGCGGCGAUCUUGAGUGUGUUUUGGACGGAAUCAAGUGGUAGACCGCAAAUUAACCCGAGCUGGAACAACACUAGAGAUUGGAAGAGAGAACUGGCCGACAAAGAGGGCUACUUUACGAAUACAUGGGCAGUAGAAAUUGACCCAGCCGAAGAACACGUGGUCGCGAAAAUUGCCAAAAGACAUGGUUUUUCCAUCAUAGGCCAGGUUAGCGGUAAAAAGAAAAAUUACAGCGUUUUCAAAAAUAGAGUUUGUUGAGUUAUUAGUGGUAACAAUUACUAUGUGGAUUUAUGUGGUUGAAGGCAGUCAAUGUCAUAAAUUAUCCAAACAACCCAUGGUGGUCACCAUGCUUGACUUAAAAUCUCAAUUCUUGUGCAUGUGUUUGCUUUUGAAUUACCCUUACCAUGAAAAAAGGCUCUCUCAAGAACAAAUUUAGAUCUCUUCAAGAGCUGUAUGUUUGUAGAGCUUUUAGACUUCAUUGACAUGAAAAGAAAAAAGAAGAAAAAUGGGAUAGUUUAUGUCUGCAGUUAUUUGUUUCACCAAUUUAAGCUUAACUCUUUGUUUACUGCACAUUGAAACACUAAAUCACCACUCUGAAACAGAAUGUUGUAAAUUAUCUGAAAUGAAACAUUAAAUACAUGUGACUCCAAAAAGAAUACAAUGAGAAUAACAACUCAAGUUCCUUUCUCUGCAUAAACAUGAAAUUUUGAAACAGGUAAAUUUCAACUGCCCGUGGAAUCUCUGAAGUGUCAAUUUUCAUGUAAAAGAUUUUAAGCAGUACGUUCCUGUGGUUCUGUUAAUUUUGCUGCAUUGGACAGUUCUAAUGUUGAUUGUGUGGGUAACAUAUUUUAAGGCUCAGUGUUUAAAUGAAAGGUACUGUAUAGUAGCUUAUUGUACUGUAUAGUAGUAUAGUAGUUUAUAGUAUAGUAGUUUCCAGUUACUUAGUUUCUUUAGUUUGUUUGUGUGGCCAUUCAAAGAAAAGCUGCGUGGAUAAAGCAAUGUACAGUUAUUCUCCUUUGGUAUCGUUAGUUUCUUUUGGAGUCUUUAUAUCAUUACACUCAAACUCAUUGUAUAUGUAUGUGUUAUUUUCUGAGUUAUUCCCAGGCAAGGCUGAGUGGAAAUUCUUUGGCCCCCCAUAGUGUUCUCCUUAUCAGGAGGUAACUGGUAGUAUUUACCACCUGAAGUUCUAAAAAAUACCCAAGUUGUGAUCCGAUCAGCCGAUUCUCACAAGGAAAUGAUUGAAUAUAUAGAAAAGUACUAAAGUAUACACAGCUUUCCUUUUUCUGGGCCAAGCAUAUAAACAUUUAAAAAAGAGAACAUUGAAGACAGAGUAAAAUUAUUGGAAUUAAACGUUUUAAAUUGUUGUCUAAAGAUGACAACGGCUGAUAUGCGUAAAAUAGAUCUAAAAAUGGGUCAAUGACUUUUCUGAGAACGUAGCUCCUAAAUUUCACAGCAAGAGUGGGGCCUUGUCCCUCACUCCACUAACCCCUCCCCCCAGGAAAGUAAGUAUGUUUUUGGCACAUAUUUUUUGCCUUACCAGCCACGAAUGGUCCCUUACCUGCUGAGCUAAAUUUUAGGGAGAACACUGCCCCCCCAUUUUUAUUCUCAUGCAAAUGAUACUAAUUUCCACAUAGAAGGUUUUAAAAUGCAUCAUGAGUUCAUUUUGAAAGUAAGUGUUUUGGGAGGUUAGAAAUGCCCCAUUGAUUGACUGAUUACUUAAUUAAAUUUUGUAUUUUGUAUUUUUUUCAGAUUGGAGAUCUACCUGGCCAUUAUCAUCUCAGACAUGAUGAUGUAGAUGAACUUAACAAAGAGCACAAUAGAGAUAAAACUGAUAGGCUACUACUGGAAAAGGAGGUUGGUUUGUUACACUGUGGACUUCACUGUAUUAUUUUGCAUUUUCACUUCAGAUAGUGGCAAAUGAAAAAAAAAAAGUCUAAAUUUCUCUUUGUAGUCCUGAGAAAUGAGUAACACCAUGUAAAAGUUCUGCUGAAGCAGUUUCGAUUGAAUGGUAACACUAUCAGAUUUUGCCCAUAAAUUUAGGAGUAUGAGUGAUGUAUUCCCCUCACACAUUACUUACUGACUUACUGACAUUGACAGAUUAUAUUUAUCCUGUCAGGUAAAAUGGGCAGAACAACAAAAAAUUCUUCACAGAGUCAAACGUGAUGGAAUACCAACUGAUCCAAAGUUUCGAGAAAUGUGGUAUUUGGUAAGCAAUCUCAUUGGAAAGAUAAUUAUUCUAUAUGUAAAUAAUUCAAGAGAGAGCUAGCAGAAAGGCAGCUAGCCUCCCAGGACAUUUUGCUACAACCAGUUGCAAAAAUGUUGAGACACUCCCGUGAAAAAACAGCCUUUCUUGCUGCAAAUCGCUCCUGGUCACAGAUUUGUGAGAUAUAAUACUGACCUCCCUACUCCCUCCCAUUCAAAGUUGUUCCUCUAAGUUUUAGUAUGGUCUUCUAUUUCUAGCAACUUUGAUAAGGGGUGGAGGGGGGAUCACAAGCACAAGAUCAUGGACAGGCCAUUUAUGCCAAAAUACGGUACAGUGUCUUAAGUACUUUUGCAACUGGUUGUAGCCCCAGGUGAUAAAUUUGUCGUGCCUUGGGUUAGCAGUUGUUGAAUCAAUCUAGGUUGCAUUCAAUUCCCAGAUUCCCCAUUGAACGCACCCCUAGUAGUAGUAAGUAGUAUUGGAGCUAUAUUGGAGCUGUAUGUUUCUUACAAAAGUGAAUGCAAAUGCAUAAGACAUUGCACACAUAAGCCUUUUUGACUGUGCUUGUUUUAUCGUAGUACCUUUGUUUUGGCUUCCUUCUUGUUCUGAUGUUAUGUGGACCUCAACAUAUCAAUCGUAAAAAUUAAAAUUGGUCAAAAUCAAGCCAUCGUUACCAAACCUGCUUGAUUGAUAAUGUGUGGCAUCCUUUUGUUUUACAGCUUAAUGAAGGCCAAACUGGAGGCCCAGUUGGAGUUGAUAUUAAUGUUUUGCCAGUUUGGAGGAAGGGUAUCUCUGGCAAAGGAGUUGUGGUCUCUAUACUAGAUGAUGGUAGGCAACCAUUACAUGUUUAUCAUGCCAAUAAUUCUUCUCCCCAGUAAUGUUCACAGAUACAAUCCAGAUGUCAAAAUAACUAGUGUAGACACAAAUGUCAUCAUAGUCUUUCCUCAAGUUUUCCCAACACUCCAUGUACAGCAUAGCUGCUUCAAAAAGAAAAAGUAUUUCCUUCUGUACCUGCCUUAACAAAAUGUUGUACUACUGUUCAAGUCACCUGUUUUAAGAGACGACACUUGCACACAAUGCUAAUAUUGGCUGGGGGGGGGGGGGGGGGGGGCGAUGGGUUUUUUUUUCAAAAAUUUUUUUAUCCUAGUUUUGGGGGUGUCUCCCAAAAUUUGUUAUAAUUGUUUGGGUCCUGAUUUGCCUACACUCCCCAGUAACGCUAUGCACUUAUAAAAAAAAAAAAUGUUUUUUUUGUGUACCUUGCUAAAAAAAAUUUUUUACUCUUUUUAAAACCCCUUUUUUAAAGAGGAGACACUUGCACAAAAUGUUAGUUUGGGGGGGGGGGGGGGGGGGGGGGGUCCAGAUGGUUUGUUUUCUAAAAUAUAUGUAUACCCAGUUUAUGGAGGUCUCUCAACAAUUUUGUCACUAUUUGCGGAGUCAAGGAUUGGUCUGAUCAUUUAGCCAUUGAAGUAGCCACUCAGUGAUAGAUUUCUGCAUCAUAAAAGAAGUCCAAAGCUUUUAUGGAAAUCAAAUUAAGGUCUUUAACCCAUUCGCCCCUGAGCUGCCCGUAACCGCUCAUGCAGGUCUGCGUCCUUUCUACUGCUUGUGACGUCAUCAGUUUUAACCGUCAAGGACAACUUUGUCCGCUGACUUGUGCAGAGUGAAGAGAUCUUUCAAACCAUACCAGAAUGAGCACAAUUCAGUCAUCGACACUGGAGAAAAAGGCAAAACCCAUGUAACAUUGACCUGAAAAUCUCCGCGAAAAUCUUGUUCCAUUGCCCACCUACCUUGCCUUUCACCUAAUCCUAAGGUCUUAAAAGCUUUCCUAAAAACCCUUCCCACCAAAAUCAAGCCUACUAAAUGCCCUGCAAGAGAAAAAAAUGAGGUAAGAAAAGCGUAAAAAGAGGGGAGGAGAGAAAGUGAAAAGUAAAAGUCAAGAAUGCUGUGUCACUUUUAAACCCAAAAACUAUCUCGAAAUUUUGCUUUCUGCACAUGCCUGAACUUCGCAAGCUAAUAUUUUGCAUCUGGAUCAGAAGGCCAUGAAGUGUACGACCUGUAAACAGGUUUGUGGUAAGUUUUAGCUCUUUAUAGCACGACAGUGACCAGAAAACCACUCGACUAGCUUUGAAAUGCCUUUUUCGGCAAAAUCUCCAGGAGCAAAUGGGUUAAACUCCAUUUAUUACCCUUCUUCAAAGUAGACAAGGGGAACUUCCAAAAAAUGAAAAUAACCUUCAAACAUAUUUGAAUUUUCCGUUUAAGGUGUGGAUCACACCCAUCCAGAUUUAGAGGGAAAUUAUGUAAGUAUUAUUAUUUUUUGACAAUUUUAUUAUUAAUUUCAGUAUACAUUGUAACAGACCUUUCUAUGAUUUUUUCAACUUUUAACAAAGGCUAGUUAGCAAAAUCAAUUGACAGCCUUGAAUAGAGCAUCUUGUAUUGAUGAACUUGUCAUUUUUGAAAGUGAUAUGUCAGAAAUGAGCAAAGAUAUAGCUUCACUGAGUAGUGAAAGACUACUGUUGUUUGUGUAGUAGUGGUGGUUGGGGGGAGCAAAUUUGCCUCCCACCAUUCAAAACAUAAAAUCCUAUUGUAGGACUUUGUCAGACCAUACCUUUGUUACAUUUUUCAACAUAUCACUCUUAGACUUGACAUGCAUUAAUUUUUUUUAACAGUAUGGAUGCAUGACCUCUUACUAUCAUGGUCUUAGCACACACUCCAUCUGAAGCUAGAUGUAUUAUUAACUACGUAAUUUUUGAAGAGUAAAGAGUUUGGCUUUUCACUUUGAUUAGCUUUCCAAAGGACGUACCAGGAAGUAGCUGUGGAUACCGUAAAAUUGCGAAAAUAAGCCUCGGGGCUUAUAUUUUUCAAAGGCCCUUUUUGAGGGGCUUAUUUUUGGAGGGGCUUACAUUCGGAGGGGCUUAUAUACGGAGGGGAAUUUGCAUCUCAAAAUCAAUUGGGCUAGCUUAUAGUUGAAAGGAAUUUUAUGUCAGUAAUUUGCAGAUAGUUUUUACUGAAACUUGCCUUGAGGACGUAGACCUUUCUAAAACGUAGCCAUGCAAGUACUUUGUCUAUAUGGACCCAGGAAAUCAAGGCCAAGAGUGAAGAGGAACCACGCAAACAGCAAUUAACUGUGAGACUUUCUGACUACAAACGCCUGGCAGACACAUAAUAGUUCUUUGGCAAAUACAAAAAUUUAUAUGUUACUGUACUGUUUUUGCUUUGUUUUAUUUUGUAUUUGAGGGCACUUUCCAAUUUCAAGCCCUGGGGGCUUAUGUUCGGAGGGGCAAUUUAAUGGAGGGUUUUUUGUGUUACGAGUUUGAGGAGCUUAUACAUGGAGGGGCUUAUUUUCAGAAUUUUACGGUAUUCUAUGGAAGCCUCUCUUUGUUGCCAUCCCCUCUUUUCAUACCUGACUCAUUAUUUACGUUUUUAUUAUUUAUUGCAGGAUCCAAAAGCUAGUCAUGAUUUUAAUGAUAAUGAUGAUGAUCCCAGUCCUCGUGAUGUGGAUCCUGAUAACUGGUAAUAUUUCAGUACAGUUGUAAAUUAUAUAGAGGGAGACACUGGGGCUUACCCAAUACCGCAAUACCGUAAGAAUAAUUGGCAAGGACCAAAAUACCAUGUCUUAAAUCAGCGACUGCAUAUGAUUGAUCAUGCUUGUAUUAAACUUGUGUCUAUCUAGUGUGUUUAUUUAUCUCAAGCAUAUUUGCACCAGAAAUCAACCUCAGCCAUUGCUAGAAAAGGAAACUCAAAUUGAUCGGUACAAUGGUAAAAAAGCCAGGUUGUUGGAUGCAACAACAAUUUCAUGGUAGAUUAGCAGUCAGAAAUUGUGUUAUCAUUUAUUAUUAUGUAAAGACGUAAAGAUAUUAACCUUUUUUAAACUCUAUAGCUUUAUAUAAUUCUGUGUUUUGUGUUGCACAUUGUAUUGAUUUGAGUUAGACAGGAGAGGCAGGUGAACGCUACCACAAUACCGUGAAGGAGUUUCCUUUACCUAAUACAUUAGCUCAAAAUAUUAAAAAACACAUACUGCAGUGCUAAAUGAUACUGCAAUACCGCACAUUGGAAUUCAAAUUACCAAAAUAGCCAAUUAAAAAAAGGUCAAUACCAUAAACCCAUAUGUCCCUGUCCGUAUACAGUUAAUAAUUAACCAGUAAGUUAAUUUGAGCUGCUACUUGAUUGGUACAACCGAAUGACAAUGCUGCUUGUAAGUAAAUGUUUUCAAUGGUGGCAAAGUACAACAGUUUAUGUAUUUAAACCUGCUAGUUUUACUAGUGUUGUAAUUAUUAGCGAAUCUCAGGAAUCAUAUUUUUACUGUGAAUUUUUUCUUGGUCUGCAGCCAUGGCACACGCUGUGCAGGAGAAGUUGCUGCUAUAGCAAAUAACACCAUCUGUGGUGCAGGAGUAGCUUAUUCAGCUCAUGUUGGAGGUAAACAGUAGUAUAUGUAAUAUAGAUUUAGCCAAGGCUAAAAUGGAUGCUCUCAUAGGAUCAAUUAAGAGAUUUCGUUCUGAAAUAAUUCAACUUUCUUUUAAAAGUGGAUCUGAGCCUGCAAUCAUCUGAAAACCAUUAACCUGUCAGCAGAGAACUUAAAAAACAGUUCACCUCAAUGAGUUGGCAAAUACAAAUUAAGAUCAACCUGAGGAAGGUUUUGUGAGCCCACGAGACUGAGCACCCCACCCCGCUGGACACGUGUUACUUUGUCACAUUGCCCAAUGAGUUGUAUAACUGAGGCCGCGAUACAGUCAGUGGAUACCCUAUUUUGACAGCUGUUAAUUUGCUAUAAUAUGGAUGUCCACAGAUUGUACUGUACAAAUUGUGACAUUUCACAUACGAACGGACAUACCUACGGAAGGGGUGAUUCUGUCAGAGUCAAAAUUUCUCGAAUGCAUAAAAAUUAAUAUUAAGACAGAAUCCGUCAGGAAAUUGAGUACUUUUAAUUUUUAGUGGACAAAAACCUUGUACCAGAAUUUUUUAAAGCGUAUCGCAUUCUUUUUUACAUUUUUCAAGAGCUAAAGAUGUAAUUAGUUAUCUGUAAUAACACCAAAUAAAUUUCUUAUGUGUGUCGAGAAAAUAAAUGUCAAAUUUCACAAAAUGACAUCUUACACAUUUUCAGUUGAAGCCCGCAAAAAAUUGGCUUGUCGUUACGAAGAGAGGGUUUCUCCUAAGUCCAAAAAUGUCAUCCUGCUUGAACCUCUGAACGAAUUAGCAAGUACUUGCUUAAUCUUUUUUUCUCGGAGACCAAAUUGUGGUGAAAUUAUUUAUCACUUAUUCAACUGUCUGUCUUGGUUCCAAGCUGUUCCACGGCUACAUCCUGUAGGAUAGUCAAGUCCUUCAAGGUUGAUCUCCACUGACACGCUAACGCACGUAAAUUUUAAUUACGUAUAUAAAAUAGAGGCAAGAUAUAAAGUGUUGAGAUUAAACGUGAAGUUGAGCGAGGUUCUACUUUUACGCUUACGUGCGACCUUUCAUACAUUUCCUCUAUCUUAUUUGCGAAAGUAAAUUUUAGGCACGUACACACGCAAAAAUUGCGCAACACUGGAAAUCAGCCCUCAGGGGAUAGGAAAGGUAGGCCUUUCCUGAUUGAGCUGGUAACAUUCUUUACAACUCUUCACAGUCCUUUAGAAAUGUCUAAAACGUGCAUUAAACUUUAAAGUAGUGCAUAAAAAUUGUUUCAAAAAGAUAAAGUAAAAUGUUUCACCGCUGGGGAAUGUUUCACCACAGAGCAAUCUUACGAUCUUUCGCUUUACGUUCAGUCAAAGAGCUCAAUUAGAAACCCCACGCUUUCCCACCGAAAAGCCCAUGAGCCUUUCCAUGUCAGCAGUGUUUAUACAAAACACGAACUAGCAAAGGCGGGAAAACCCGACCGCGCGCAGUUUUUGCGACGUUAUGCCAUAGUUAACCCCUCUAAUGACUAUGGUUUCCCUGAAAAAAUGUUUGCUCAAAACUUCUUCAAAAUGUAAAAUAUUCCUCAAAUGUCGCCUGCCCUACGAUUCAUUGUAGAGGCUCUCUGGUGUGACAGGGCCUGGUAUUAAAAAGAGUUCGAUUGUGCUCGAAAUCCAAGGUCCAAAAAGUAGUCAAAAGUUUUUUUUAACACAAUUGUUGUAGGUGUUCGUAUGUUGGACGGUAAAGCCACAGACGCACUAGAGGCCAGUUCACUUGGAUUCCAGCUUCAGUAUGUUGAUAUCUUUAGCAACUGUUGGGGACCAAAGGACGAUGGAAAGACGUUUGGAAAGCCAGGUCCUUUAGCAGCUAAGGCACUCAAACGAGGAGCUGAAACGGUAAAUAGUAAUAUAUAGAUUUAGCCAGGGCUAAAAGCGAAGAUCCAGUUAAUUAUACUUGUAAACAAAAAAAAUUAUAUGGUGUAAUGCUAAACAGGGAGGGCAAUGAAAAUGGCAUCAAGAUCAAUAGAUCUAAUUAGCAAAAAAACAAACUGCACGUGCAGCACACUUUUUUUCUAGUUAGCAAAAAAACCAAAUUUGCACGUGCAGCACGCUUUUUGUCUUUCUUUGCCGUUGUUUUUCACAACUACAACGCUGUUUUGUAGGACUAAAACGUCAAACUUCCGAGUUACACAUUAUUUUUAUGGAGGAAUUGUCGUAUGUGCUUACUCAAUAUUUUGUCUCCUGUGUUCAUGUUCGCUUUUAUUUUUCACUGCCGCUUAUUUUCACCUUGCUGGCCGCUAGCAUUUCUCAUUGUCUCACAGCCGCUUUGAAUUUUCAUGUUUUCUUCCUACGAAAUUCGUCUCUUUUGUUUUUAAUCACUCGCUCUAGCUCUUUCUCUCAAAUAAUGGCGAAAAAAGACACGACUUUGUUGUUGUUUUUUCUUUCUAAAAGUCCGGGCGGCCAUGCGAAUUCUUUCCAAAUAAAACCUUGAGUUGCAUUUGGGUUGCCAUACCUGUUGAUUGAAUUAUUUUACAUUGGUAUGCCUGUGGUGCGGACGGACGGUCGGGCGGGCGGGCGGGCGGUCGGUGUACGGUCACGCGAUUACCAAAAUUUCUCGGAUGGGUAGUUUACCACAUUUCUUUACCCAUGGGGCUCCGCUGCGCGCUUCGCGCGCGAGAGCUCCGCUAUAACAAAUUACAAAAAUGUUUCUUUCAAAAAGACUUCACUUUCACUCUACACGGUUAGUUGCAUACAACCUUUCGUCAGACUUAAGGUAGUGCUAGUGUCUGGCUUAAAAUGAACUAAGAGUUUUAUGUAAUUGAUCUGACCAAUACAGGCGCAAAGAAAGUCAUUUUUACAGCUUGCCAUUCGGGCAAGCUGAGGCUAACAUUUACUAGCCCAAACAACAUUUCAACUAACCCUAAAAACGUUUUGAUGAGCAGGUUGAUUUCACAGUUCACAAGUUAAUAAAAGAAUUCACUAGCCCAAUAGCAAAAUCCAAUAGCCCCGGGUUAUCGGACACGACUUUCUUUGCACGCUGCUGAAUAUUUACGGACUUGCAUGUGCUCGGUAAGGUUUUCCUUGGUUUCGAGUAGUUUUUAAAUAUGAUUCGUUUUUCUAUACAAUGAGAGCUUCGCCGACGUUUUCUCUUUCCUUCGCUCACACUUCUGUACGAGGGUUAACUCCACCGGCCUCAUUCUUAAGUUCAACUUAACAAAAUAGACUAAACAGCCGUGAUGAUGUCCCUUUUAAACUCUUUUAUCUUGUUUAAUGGCACGUUUACUGUAAUGUUCUGCUGUCCUUUUUGUCACCAUCCGUUUGAGAUAAAAGCACAAACCCCCAGAGAUACAUCAACGUCUUGCGUACCUAUUAUGUCUUAUUUAGGGUCGCGGAGGUAAAGGUAACAUUUAUGUGUGGGCGACUGGUAAUGGAGGACUAACAGAUGACGACUGUAACUGCGAUGGAUACACUACCAGUAUAUAUACAGUAUCUGUUGGCUGCAUUGGCGAUCAUGGUCUGUCGGCUUACUACACUGAGCUGUGCUCAUCUACUCUGGCUGUGACUUUCAAUGGCGGUGCCCAUCGAGAAAAAGAAGAAAACAAAAUGGUACGUAACACUUAAACCAUUAAAACCAUUGAAACAUGUUUCGAAAUUUGGUUAUCGACCCUAUUUCAGACCAAAACGUGAUUUUCUCCUUCCCUUUUUCAGACAUGAAGUGGUGGUGUCCUUAAGAGGCAAAAAAAAUGCCCAAUUCCGUAUGUUGGUUCAAGAGAGCUCAAACCUCACCCUAUUUCAGACCAGAAAGGUUUAAUUCUUCACCCAAUUUUAGUCCAAAAAAGGUCCAAACCCAUACCCUUUGGCGCUACGCAUACCAGCACCUAUAAAGCCUGACGUUUUUUAGCAACUCACGUCAACCGGAAGUGGUCUUUUUUUCAUUUUUGGAUGGUGGUUUUGCCCAAAUGUGUGAACAAAUCGUCUCUAUAGUAGUCAAGACACAUAGAAAUACAGAUUUGGUAGCGUUAAAGGGGCUGUGUCACGGCAGUGCAGUUCAUUUUGUUUAAUUUUGCCAAUUACAACCGGAAGUGGUCUCUUUUUCAUUUUUGGACGGUGGUUUUGCCCAAAUGUGUGGACAAAUCGUCUCUAUAGUAGUCAAGACACAUCGAAAUACAGAUUUGGUAGCGUUAAAGGGGCUGUGUCACGGCAGUCCAGUUCAUUUUGUUUAAUUUUGCCAAUUACUCGCCCUCAAUCGCUAUGGAACUAAAGGUAAGCAAAGAAAUUACAUGUAAAUGACAAAAUCAGAGAUCCGAGACAAACAAAUAUGUCUCCUGAGCAUUAUUUUUGAAAUUGCAAGCAGCAGGGAUUAACUUUGAAAAACUGUUAUGCUGAACAGUUUUCAAAAACCCUAAUUUCAAUCCGUUUCAAUCUUCUUCAGUUUGCCCAUCCGUGGCAUCUGUUGUUUCUGUUAUGUUAUUCAAACCUUCCUUUAAAGUUUUAAGCGGUAAUUUUUAUGUUUCUCUUAAUUUAACGGUCAUUUUGUAAUUUCCUAAUUUGGCUGAAUUUCGUGACACAGCUGCUUUAAGGUGCUUUAAAAUGAAAAACACCUCACUUCCGGUUGACGUGUGUCGCUCAAAGACGCCUUUGCUUAAGCUCCCUAAUAUUGUAUAGACUGCGAGCACUCUCUCUUUUUCUUCAGAUUUAGUAAGGGGAGUACACGCGCGCGCGAGCGGCGAAGCCGCGAGACGCGCGAAACGAGGGCGGCAGCCCGAGAUGAAAAAGACUCUUUUUUCGUGCCUCUCCCAUCUCGCGCCAUCAGUCACGCGCGUGGCCAUUUGCGUGUCUCGCGUUUUGCUCGACGGACUACAGAAAAAAGAGAGACUGCUCGUAGUCUAAAUAUUGUAGGGACUAGGAAAACUAAUUUUGCUUUGCCAUUUCACUGUGAAAAGCCGAGUGAGAAAUUGAGUGAGGACAAAGUACAGAGACACAUUGUGAGUUUAAUGUGGUGACAUUUCAUUGCAGAUUACAACUGAUCUUCAUCAUCAAUGUACAGAACAGUUUAAAGGCACCUCAUCUGCAGCUCCACUAGCAGCAGGAAUGAUAGCCCUCAUGUUGGAAGCAAAGUAAGCAUUUCAUUUCUCAGUCUAAUUUGGAGGCGUUUAGUUCGGAUUUACAAGGCUAGAGUACGAUGCCCUCUCUCCCUAGUUUAUCGCAUAUAACCCGUAUUGUUUGUUUGUUCGCGUUUUUAAUGCACGUUGUACGUGUUCGUAGCGUUUUAGCGAAGUUAUUUGUUGAGACUCGUAAAGUGAGUCUGUGGAUGAAAUCCUAUGGUGUGACCAUUCAACUGAAACGUAUCUUCAGCCGUGCUUGAAUAUGGUACCCGGCCUAUCAUUAUACUGUAUAAAUAGGUUCAAAUUUUUGGGAGCCUAUGGAUGAAUGGGCCAUUUGCACGAUGACGUCAUUUUACUGCUAAGACCAGAAUACUUCAGGGUUUUGCUUUCUUGUGCAAAUUAGGGCUUUUGUUAUUUGACCCUCGCUGGGAAUAACAAAUUUAAACGUGAAAGGAAAAACGAAAAGGAUUCUGGACGUAGUAGUGAAAUGACGCCAUCAUUCAAAUGGCCGAUUUCUAUGGCGUGACCAUUAAAAUGAAACCUGGUAAAUUAAUUACGACGUAAAAGAGAAUCUAUAAAAGCUUCAAAAAUUGGUCUGAUUUUAGGUUAGGCAAGUGUUUAAUGGCAACGUAAUGAAUCCGUUCUAACCAAUCAUGGCGCGUUCUUUUCAUUGAACCCUUUUUUCAGUAACCGUCUGACGUGGCGAGAUGUACAACACAUUGUUGUCAGAACGGCCAAGCUGACGAGUCCUGUGGAUGAUGGCUGGAGAACCAACGGAGCUGGUUUUCAUUUUAAUCACAAGUUCGGCUUCGGUCGCCUUGAUGCUGAUGCUAUGGUGGAAAUGGCCAAAACUUGGACGACUGUUCCACCUCAAAGAAUAUGUACAGGAGCCGCAAGUUUGGAAGAACGGUGAGCUAGUUUGCUUCCCUAUAGCCUACAUUGGCAAUUAUUGGAUUCGGCUUUCGUAUGAUGUGAAAAAUUAUGUAGAUCUCGGAGACUGUUAUCGGUCAUCCGUCAAGUUGUAUUCUUUUUGUUCUUGCUAUGUUUUAGGAAGUAGUUCGGCUAUUUCUUCUUCGCGAAACGUGUGAAAUGUUCCGCCAUUUUGUACCGCCCCACCAAAAGAACACAACCUCAUCCCCAGGGCCUCUCGAUUGCCGUUGUUUUUUGGCGAUUAAACUGUACUAUUGACGUCAUUUUAUCGUAUAUUGGAAACGUCUUCCAAAUUUGGUCAAGGCAAGCUGGUUCUAAAGAAUUAGCCGUGGAAAUUGAGCCAAUCAGAAACGGAGAAAUAUUUUGAAUGAAUAAUAAGGGUAGAGACAAGUACAAGUAAGAAUAUUAAUUGGCCUUAGGCAAACCAGUUGACUACUUACAAGUAUGGCCGAGGAGUUGAACGCGGGGCCAUCGAGAAUAAAUCAAUACCUAUCCGACGUAGCCCCAUAGUCACUCAAAAAUUACCCGUCUAUCCACUUGGAAAUCAAGGCGGGGGAAAGGAAAUCCUUUCUUGUGUAUGUCCCCUCCUUGCAACCCCCCCCCCCCCCCCCCCCCCCCNGUGCUGACCAUCAGCUUCAUUCACCGGCGGCGCGGUGACGUCAGUGUUCUUUUGAUGUCGCCGUCAGGAACAAAGAACGAAAUGCUGUCUACACGUCACUAUGACGACUCCAAGGAGGGACUUGAUAACUGGGGCUUUAUGACUGUGCAUACUUGGGGUAAGUGAUGUGUUUUGAGAGGACUGUGGACUCUCGCUAAGUCGGACACCGUUGAUACUGAUUAACCACGUGUCUGUAUUCAAGACAGACACCCCAGCACUCUCUAUAAGGCACUCCUGCAUUAUAGACAGUCAAAUAAAUAGUAGAGCGGUUUUCAUUUGAGUGUCGAAAAGUAAUUGGUUUUGCACUUUCUACACGAUGCGAUUGGCUUAAAAGAUUCGCGCCACCUUUUCAUCCAAUCAGAAGUAAAACCAAAGCCAAUUGUGACGCGCUCGCAUGCAUUUUCCCACGCUUUGCGUCAGCCACAUGUAAUUACUUCGAGUUUUGAUUGGUUCAAUGUAUUGUCUGUGUCCUAUGUGAUUGGCCAGAGUAAUUACUUUGGUUUUGGUUUUACGACACUCAAACGAAAACCACUCUAAUAAUCAAAGAACAUUGAGGACCCAGUUCUUUUAGGUGUGUGUUUUAGAGAUGUGUCCAUACGCAAAGAGUUGACUGUGUGGAAAGUUGUCUUAAACAUGCGCACCAUUGGGCUUUGAACUAAGAGGCAAUCUUAGAAGGAUGUCCCCCUUAUGGGAAAUUACUUAAGAGAUGUUUUUAUGGUGAACUCUUUCUAAUCAGGGACACCACUGAGAGUGGCAUUAAAUGGCCGUGUAAGGGAGUCUUCACUGCAUCUUGCCUUGAUAUCUAAAGGCGAAUUUUGCUGGAUUCGGGGAAUCUGCCUACCUACCCCUUCCCUAAACCAACGUUGAAACUAACUUUUCACGUAGGGCAAAAUUGUUGGGUUGGGGGAGGGGUAGGUGCGUGGGCAGCUUCUUAGAAUCUUAUAUUGAUCCAGUUCAAUUUGUCGCUAUAUGAAGGUGAGAAUCCGCGUGGCUUCUGGCAGCUUAAGAUAAUCGACAAUCCGCUAAAUGAGAUUGGUGACCGAGUACUGAAUGGCUACGGGACUCUACAUCUGGACACCAGCAAACAAGACACAGAUGUUGAAGACUUAGAAGAACAAGUAAUAGAUGACCAGACCAAGCAGCAACAAGCUAAAGUACAGCAGAUGAGGCUCCAGGUACUAAGAAUAUCCUUUGCUCUUAUCACUUGCCAUUUAAGCAGCAACAAGAAAACAGAGAGCUGCAAAUAACAGUCCCAGGGAGGACUCGUAUACCUUCCAUAUGUAAACGGCACCCCUUUCACAUACGUACUAAAUAAUAUCGCUUUUCAUCGCUUUGUUGUCUGUUUUAACGUAGCUUUUAAGGGAGUAAACGCUUAAUAAAUCUAGUCUAGGGUCUGGCAAGGAGUAUUUCGUCGUAAAAAACACUGUGAAAAUGUCUUGUUAAAACUUUUAUCUAUUUUAUUUACUCAUUUUACAGAAUGACCAUGUAGACUUUCCGUAUCCACCGGGCGUCAGGAGAGAUCAUGUUCAUCAUCACAACAGUUCAGAAAUGAGUGAACAAAGUGUGAUCGAUGAUCUGUAUAACCUCACAGAAAGCGAUGUUGCGAGCACUACAGAAUACGUAUAUGACAGAAGUAGAAUUGCUUAUCCCGAGGUAUCGGGAAGUGGGCAAGUGUCUGGUAGUGGCGAGGGAUAUCCGAGGGAUAGGUUAUAUGUCGAUGGGUCUGCUAGUGGAGACAAUAAUGAAGACCUUGACGAUGGCUCCCAAGGCGAAGAACAGGACACUUCAUAUCCCGAGGGAUCGGGCAGUGGCGGGAAAUCCCGCGAGGAAGAGCCUAACGUCGAAGAGGAUCUCGUCACUGAUAGUAACAACGAUUUCCAAAGAGCGUUCGUGAAGACGCUUAAGAAAAAGAAAUUUAAAUCCACAAAUACAGGAACACCAUCUGUAGGGAAGAAAAGUGUUUUAGUCGAUAAUAAUUCAAAUAACAUCAAGAAAAAAGUACAAGUAGCCGCUGAAGAGACUGCUACUCAACGUGUUCAAGUAAAUGCUGGCUAUGAAAAUCCGGAGAUCCCGUGUUUAGCGAGUGGGUGCUCGGGUGUUCUUUUAAAAUGGGUGCUGACAUUUUAUGGAACUGAAAAUUAACUGAAGAACCUUUAGUGUAGAGAUUUUUAUCAAUUUAUCGAUUUUAUAAUUGAAAUUCUCAAAUUAGUCGAACGUGUCUUCAAUUUGAAGAUCCUAAUACUUAUGGCAAAUGUGUUGCCAUGACUCUCUGCUCUCAAGUAUGUGGGUCAGACUUCACAGUAUUUUGGCUCCGCAAAUUUGACUGUCAUCAAAUUGAAAUCACCUGCGCUACAAAUAAACAAAUGAAGAAUAGACACAAACGAUGCUCUCUCGAGUUAAGAGCUGGAAAAUGCUCAUUAAGUAGCUUUUAUAAAGCGCGAAACAAAAACAAUUUCGCAGUUGAUUCUGUUUGCCCUAGCUAAACUUAAAUAAUGACUUGAAAUCGCUGACCACUAUGUAGCCAAUAAGGAGUGAAAGUGUGCUUGCGUGAGUUUCCCGCGUGUGGAAACCUCUCUAAACCAAGUCAUGCGUGAAUCUACUCAUAUCACCUCACAUCACGUAACAAAUUUCGUUGUCGACGAAAACUUGGAAGCACUAAGCAUUUUUUUCAUGGACUUUUCAAGAAGAUCUUUUGGAAGAUUGUGAAUUCCAAGGAUUCGUUCCAAUGGCUAAACACUCCGUUUUCCCCUCACAAAUCCAACACAAAUCUUUCAGAUGUUGCUUCGUCUGUUAUCGCUAUGUACAGUAAUAAUUCGUUGCGAUCAUUAGCUAUCAUUCUUGUCAUUCACUUGUAGUUCUCUCAAAUAGAAUUGCUCCUUUUUCACCACUUUACUAAAUAAAAGUUGAAUUUUUCUUGAGGUUGGAUGUUGUUUGUAGAUGUUACUAGGUAAAGAGUAUUUAGAAAACGCUAGAGAAUGAAGCAAGUCCACUGAAAUAUAAUGAACUAUAAAAGAUAAAGGGAAAACUUUGUCAUGGUCAGUGGUUGCUCAUAUGAUGUUUCUGGAGCAGCAAAGUGGAUAGUACUCGCCAUAUAUGACCAGGAAUCCAUAACCAGGAGCGAGCACACCUGAUGGUAUAGUUUACCUGCCUCCUCAGUUAUGAAUAAAGCCUGUUCCAGGCGUUUAAGGGCCUGUUUACCUGAAGGUAGGGGAACCCAGGUAGGUAAGGUAACUCGUAAUCUCUUAUAUGGUCACCCCACCUAUCAUGUAAACGUGAUCAAAUAAAAAUGCCAGAUUUUAUGGCCCGGGUUACCCCAGUUUCAUGUAAACAGGCCCAAAAUAGUGGGGACAGCGCAAAGUGAGUAGAAAAGCAGGGAUAGGGUUCGUGUAAACAGAACCAAAAUAGUAGGGAAAGCGCAAAGAAAAGUGAGCAGAAAAACAGCGAUGGGGUUGAAGGAGGGGGAUUUUAUGGACAGUCCGGGUUACCCACUUCAAUGUAAACAGGCCCAAAAUAGUGGGGACAGCGCAAAGUGAGCAGAAAAACAGCGAUAGGGUUGAAGGGGGGAUUUUAUGGACAGCCCGGGUUCCCUAACUUUCAAGUAAACAGGCCCAAAAUGGUGGGGACAGCGAAAAGAAAAGUGAGCAGAAAAACAGCGAUGGAGUUGAAGGGGGGGGGGGGGGGGGGGGAUUAGUGGGACACCGGGGUUUUCCUCCCUUUCGUGUAAACAGGUCAAAAAACGGAAGAACGGGGAAAAAAAAAGGUGGCAAAAAAGCAGGAGGGGGUGGGAGGGGGGGCGGGGGUGACGUAGAACACGGAGUGUUCAGCACAUGAUGUUCUCUGCUACUAAGUCGGGAAGGGCGCAGGGGACUGAGGGUGUAUGCGGGGAAGGAACGACAGGCGUGGUGAGGGGGGGGGGGGGGUUUUAGUGGAAGGCCGGGUUUCCCUAAUUUUCGUGGAACCAGGCCAAAAAAGGGGGGGAGGGGGUAAAAAAAAAUGAGAAGAAAAACAGGGAUGGGGUUGAGGGGAAGGGGGGGGGCCUGGGAGGGAAUUGAUGUUGUUCCCUCCACUCCCCCUCUUCUGCCUUUUUUCUCCGCUCUUUAUUUCGCGCCACUCUCCACUAUCUGAAUGAGAGAAAUGAGAGAAAAUCUGGAAAAUUCUUUCUAACUGAUCAAACUUGUCGAGUUAUGCAGCUCCCUAAACAUAUAUAAAUAUGCAUACGUUUUUCGUUUUUUCAUGUACUGAGAAAAUAUGAAUGAAACUUUUAUUUGGUAAAACUGCUGUCUUUACGAACUUCAAAUCGAGAAAACAAAAAUUUAAUUGGCACCAAAGAUUAUGUUCUACUGUCCCCGAGCCAGGGUUUUUACACAGUUUAGUCUGAGGUCGGGUCUACAGAUCCGAGGGUUUUGGUCUAGAAUAGGGUCUCGGGGUGGAGUUUAGAAUAUCGUUGCAAAUGCAGCUGAACAUAGUUUGAUGAAGGCCAAGGGUAUCAGCUUCAAAAUGGUACACAACCACCCAAAUGACAGGGAUGUAAGCUGUUAUCAAAGGACUGUACAGCACUAAAAGUGGCAAUUUCGCUGGGGCUUUAGUCAGUUCUCAGAUUGUCGGUCUAGACAAAUUACUUUACCUUUCCCUUGAAUGGAAAUUCGUGGCAAGAGAACUCAUUCCAUAUCCACCAAUUAUGUCUCCUUUCCUGCUCGAUUUAAUCUUAGGGUUUUUCUCUGGAUCGCUAUUGUGUUAACAAUUCGACUCUUGGAUCUGACUCUUCCCCAGUUCUCUCUCACCUCUCCGUAGUGCCGCGCAAGGAUAGUUGUUAAGUGGGAAAUGGAGGGAAAGACAAUCUUCUCUUCUCCCUUCCCAUCAUCCCCUGUUCCCGCCAUCGUGUGUGUAACGAAGACGACGGUGGAAGAGACCUUGGAUAUCUAACUGCUUCGAAUUCCACUCCAAGUCAACCAAUCAUGUCUCUUCUCAAGCGUCUUUUUUCGUACAUGACAAAUUUAAGAGGGGUUUGUCAUAACAACGCUUCUUUUAUCAGUUUUUCAUUGGGAAAUCACUAGCUUGCGUACCGACGCCUCCUAUUUCCAUUGUUUCACGCUGAGAAGGGACAUAGGAAAUAGGUGACGUCCGCUCGCAGGCUCAGAAAUUUCUUUCAAAGUCCUAAAUUUCUCUGCAAAUCAACCAGUCUUUUCUCUCAUCGUGUGCUUUUUUCAAUGAGUUUUACCCAUUGCAAAGAAAUCCGCUUGGAGUUGAGCCUGUGAUCAGAUAAAAACUAGUAACCCCUCGGCAGACAACUUCAAAAGAAAACGUAACCUCGAUGGAUGGAUACUUGAUCCCGCGAUAUGGUCAUGUGAUACUGGUCAGUGGCUACCCUGUUUUGACAGCUGUCAAUUGACCACAACGUUGAUGUGCAAUAUCAUGUUGCAGGCCCCCACACUAGCUAGAAAGUGACAUUCACCUUGGCUUCCCCCUGUUGUGGACGGGCGGGCGGGCGGGCGUAAGGUCACGUGACCACCAAAAUUUCUCAAAUGGAUUGCUGGUUUUCAGUGUCACGCCAUUCAAAAUAGACCAAAAUAAAAAUCAAAACCGUUCAAUAGACAAAGUCCAGAAUCUGGGAAAUGAAAGGAGGUAAAUAUGCAGACCCUCGCCAAGAGGAAAUAUAUCGUAUAAGAGAUAUGCGAAGAAAUGUUUUCACAAAAUUAAUAGAGAUUUGUAUGGAGACGCCAUGCUGGUGCCCAUCCGGCUGAGCACUAGCAUGGCGGACGGCAACCAACAGAAACAUCUGUUACCGAGUUUUGCUACAAAAGCGUGAAUUUAUUCUUCGAGGAGCUCGUAAACAUUAAAGUGAUACUUUUUCUGAUACAUGAACUGUUUAGAGAGCAAAAUUCCCUGAAAUAAGUAAUUUCUUUAACCUACAUGACAGCUCUCUUGGUCGUCAUGUAAAUGCCGCGUCACGCAAAAGCUUAGAAAUUCAAGCGAACUCUAUCACACAACCAAGAACCCUUUUGAAGCGAAAAUUUGUAUGAAAAUUAGUUUUCCGCUGUUCUAAUACAUCGUGGAAGUUAAAUAUCGGUUCUAUCGAUAGCUUUCUAGUUUGAAUUUUAGUGACGUCAUGUGAAAACCAACAAUAGAUAACCAAAUUUUCUUAUCUAUGGGGCCCCACAAAAGCGCGCUUGGGGCUCCGCUAUCAAAAUCCCUCCCAAGGUACUGCAUGAAAUUUUCCUCCAACUUAACCAAUCAUAUUUCGCGAACAAUUCUUGUAAGGACCAGUGGGCAAACAGCAAGGCCGGCUCAUUGUUGUAGAUCAGGAUCAGCAAUACAAAAUAAUACUUAAAAUUGAAGGCCAGCUGAUCGGACAUCUAAGGGUUACAAAUUUAUGUGCUCAACUGAUUUCGACCAGACAAAACUAGUCUUCAUCGGGGGCUAGAAAGCUUUUCUGGCCCCCGAUGAAGACCAGUUUUGUUUAGUCGAAAUAUUGGGCAAAUAAAUCUGUAACCCUAAGCUGUGCGAUCAGCCUUGCCUUCAAUUUUCAGAAUCAUAUUUCGUCCUGUUAAAAGCAAUUUUCAUGCAGAUUUAAUUUCAGAGUUUUUUUCACGGAUUUUUCUCCAGCAUAACAAAUCACAUCUCUUGCUUUGUAUUGGACACAAUUUAGAUGCUGAUUAAAUUCAAGGGCAGUCAGUUAUCAGCAAUCAUUUUUUCCCCAAUACUUUGGAAUCGCUUCCAAUGCAUCAUGAGUUCCUCUCCAAAUGGACCAAUCAUUUCUUUUUUCGUCGUUUUCUGUCCAGGCGUCUUUCGAGCUUGUUUAAUUCUAGCUUUCGGUUCUCUUAACUGUUCUUUUAUCCCUACCAAGUUUCAUUAAAUUUCUUCUUGGCUUGACCAGUUAGAACUUUCAACGUUAAGGGCAUUUUUUAUGCAGAUUUAGUUUCUAUUUUUUUUAGUUCUCCGUAACAAACAUAUUCUGUGUGAUAUACCUUGCGAAUGUAUCAACACGCAUGGCUAACUAAACAAGACGAAGUUUAGCGAAGCGUUUGCAGCAAGACAACCCACAACCUGCCACCACCAUGAUUUAUUAUGUGCAUCAGACUGGUUAAGUAGAUGGCCAAUCCAAUAAUUUUUCAACAAAAUUAGCUUCAUUUUCUAUAACUAUUUCCCUAAAAAAACUAUAAAAUGAAACCAUUGCGAUGGCGAGCUUACAUCACGUUGCUCUUUCUCCUCUCUGAAACUGCCAUUCUCCUUGGAAAACCCGCUAGGAAAUCACGAAAACGUGGAAAGAGGACGCUAGAAUCGACGCCAAAGCUUACAAGAAGAGAAUGGGAACAACUCCAUAAGUUCGAAGAUGCACUCAAAAGCGAAUCUGGAGAGCUAAUGUUCACAAAUUCCUGGGCGGUCAAACUCGACCCAGCGGAGAUUAAGGUAGCGGAUAGAAUUGCUGAGAAACAUGGAUUUAUAAACUAUGGUCAGGUAGGAAACGUUUACUCUUUAUGUUAUUGUGCGGGUGUUCUGGCCGGCUGAUAUUGAAACGUCAAUAAUUACACCUGGUGGUAGAUGCAUUGAGUAAGUGCAACUUUUUAUUGUUUCACCGAACGUUUUCUUUCAGGGAAGAAUUAAAGAGAAAUAAGUGCUCCGUGAUGUUAACUAGGCUGAUAGAUGAUCCCGGCGUUUCUUGACUCAUAAGCGAUCUUACAUCGUUACGCAAAAUGCGCCAUGCCACUAACAACAGAUACCUGACUGUUAUUACUAGCUACCAGUGAUCUUAAUUUUUUGGAGAUUUGCCUCUUUGAUUCUCUCUUCUGUUUAACUUAUACACUUGUUCAUUUCAUGCACGUUGAGAGAUUUUUCAUACUUUCUUGUUCAGCUUUAUCAUGCAAUAUCAGGGUAAAACUCAACUCUUUCCUCUGAGAGUUUUGUAGAUACACCCUCUUUAAACAGUUGUUUAAAACAUAAAGGUAAACACGAUUCUUUUAUGAGGUUGUUUUUAUUACUUUCAUUGGAAUUAACAAACCGAUUAGUUGGAACUUCAAUGAUUGUUUAUAUUAAUCACAAGUGGUAUUUUACCACAAGUGGUAUUUAAAAACAAAUUAAGCAUGGACAUGAUACGUUACGUUCGAUUUAUUAGCAGUUGGCUUUGAUAGUAAGGCCAAGAAACUUGACCAAAUAAGGUAACUGAAUGUACAUCAUAUAUACUCGCUAACAGUUAAGUAUAUUAUCAAGACAUUCAAAGGAGAAAAUGGAACCGAUUGAUCAGAUGUAAAAUGUUCCAUAUAUCAGAAGCCAAAGCUCUUGGAAUUCUGACCACAUCUCCGUUUAUGAAAUGAGUAAAGCGGAACAGUAUUUUGAUAAAGAACAACACUGUACGGUUGGUCUUGUCAGUCUGUUCGGGCGCUGAUAUUCCGAUCCAACAUAACCAUCAACCACUUUAAUUACUUGAUAUUGCCGCUUUUCCCUCCCCACAGAUACGAAAAGGAGGGAUGCUGGAUAGGGUAAAGGGUGGGCGGGGGAGGGGGGGUUGGGCGGCUCGCGUUCCUAUUCGCCCUUGUUGGCAAAAAGAUGGAUAUAACUAAGAACGGACUAUGAUUUAACUUCCGGGCUUCAUAUUUGAAAUUUUGUAAAUAUAAAGAGAAAUUUCGCAAAAAUGUACCAUCGUAGUUUAAAAGUGCUGCUUGUUACUAUGUUACUAUUACCGUCAAACAGCUCAGACUCAUCGGCCAAAACUGAAUUUGAGUUUCGGGAGUUUGGUCACUGAGACUGCGUCAAGUCGGCCGUAAUUUGCUGUUUUUGAUGUAGAUAGCUCUCUGAAUCUGCUGUAUUAGUCCAUUUUUUGUCCACCAAACUUCGAAUCCCGCCGUUGAAUUUUGGUUUAACGAUAUUUUUUGCACUCACUUUUCCUUUAUAAGGUUAAACGUAGGUACAAGUAGCAAUUAUUGGAUUAGACGUUCGUGUGAUCCGAAGAAUAGUAGAUCUAGGAAGUGUUUGGCCUCGGCGGAUAACACACUCUGAGAUCUGCAUAAUUCUUCAAUUCAUACGAAUGCCAAAUCCAGUAACUGUUUUAUUACUCAUUCAAAAUAAUUAAUCUUUUAAGAACGUGCUUACUGCGUUGACAGUCCCCUUCUUCAUUUGCCUGUUCCUUGUCAAAUUCAAGAUUUUAAGGGAUGAUUAGUCUGUGGGCGGUUGUGUUCCUGCUAUUUUCUUUGAGUGUACAAAUGCUUCUUCUUUUAAAAGCGUUUCACCAUUUUUCCAGCUCGGACCAACACUCUGGGUCUUAAAAUAGCAGAGGAGAAAGUGCUGCCUUUGUAAAAACAUCUGUAAUUUAUUAGACUUUCUACAGUCUACUAGGAUAAGAACGAUAAACUAGGCCCCGUCUCACAACCCCUGUAGAUAUAAAUUCUGUGGGAUGUGAAAGAACCCACACUCUCUUCGUAAAGAGCAGGGGGCGUUGGCCACGGUAUGGUGGUCUAUCUCUCGUGGAGGAAGGGACUCUUACGGGCCCGCAGUUAUUGGCGUCUCGCGCUGUUGCAGUGACCCUGCAAGGAGGAACUGGCCAACCUAAGUAAACAGCUGAGCCAACCAGCUCCCAGUUGGCUUGCGGUCCAAUUGGUUAAAGUGCUGCACCGGUAAGGAAGAGGUGGUCAGGGCUCGGGUCCCAAUACGCCUUUAUUUUUUUUUUCAGGUUUUCUUUUCUCAAUUGCAAAAAAUGCUUAUUUAACUAUGAUGAUCGUCUCUGCAUUCAUUUCUUCACUCCGCAGUUGAAAUACAUAAAACUGUUAUAUUCAUCAUUCCAGUUCUAGAGUAAGAGUAGUCGAUUGUAAUCACAAACAGUGGUAUUGUUUUAAUACAGACCGACGAGGAGUUGACGUCUUGUGCAAUGAUAUUUUGACCAUUUUGUUUGUAUUCAGGUUGGAUCACUAAAAGGUUAUUAUCACUUUAAACAUGAAGGCAAAGGAUUGCGGCACAAGCGACAUCUACACGAAAAGACCAGAUUAUUGCUAUCUGAAGAUGAAGUAAGAUAAACCUCCAUUAAUUUAAAGCUACGGAUUGAUGGUCAUUAAAAAUAAUAAGAAAGUUUUGCUGAGCUUUCGGAGCACCUCUCCAGGAUCUCAUUACAAGAAUUAAGUCAGCACAUCAGCUGAUCGAUGAAUCAAAACAACCAGCUGGUCCAAGAUCCUAAGCUAAAAUGUGUCACAUGUAUAAUUUUAUAACAAUUGACAAUUCUUAGAAACAAUACUCGAUAUGAAAUAUCUCGACUUAGGACGCAUUCGAAUUUAAGGAGCCAAGAGCUGAAUGGCUCCAAAAGCUCUGCACUUAUAACUGAUUCCAACAAAAUAAUCGUCAGAGUUAGUCCCUGUCAGUACUGAGGUUAUGAUUUUGCAGAUUGGAAAAGCACGUAGGCCUCGUAACAAGUUUAUGUGGAGAAAUUCUGUGUCUCGUGGUAGGGUCACCCUCCCAGCCAAGUAAACUUUAGCAAGCGUUUAUAUCAGAACAAAGUUGACUUCUUUGCCCGUGCCAACAGCGCUCGCGCAUGCUCUGUAAUUGUGUCACCUUGACCGAGUUGACCCGGUUGGGCAAGCCAAAGUGUUUAUAUGGAAAAAAAGAUAGCCCGGCUAGGAGGGUGACCCUACCAUCACGAAAGGGUGACCGGCCUAGUCGAGCCAACUUUUUGUUUCUCAUGUGAACGGUUCGUUAUGUUUUGUAAUGAGGAAAUGUAUGAAACGUUGGCUCACCCAGGGUAACUGGAGUAGGUGGGUGUUCCCUCUACCCUCGACUAACGGGGCCUUAAUGAACCAUAGGUAAAAGAAAACUAUCCUCAGACUCAUUAUACAAUAAAAAUUAUUCAUUGACUUAAAAGCUUUCCCAACUGAUAAAAACGUGUUCUUAGUGUAGUUUAAGGAAUUUUGGAACAGCUCAUUUAAGUGUUUGAAGAAAUGUGGUGGUGAAGUUAACAAAUACGGAGGAGCGUUACCUGUGGCCUAGACGGUAUUCUUGCAAGAGAAUUGCUGAUGUAUCAGAGACUACUGAGAACAAGCUAAGUAAUAAGCCGGUGCUAAUAUAAAAUGCAAGUUUUGUUUGUUGUUAACUGCAGGUUGUAUGGGCUGAACAUCAACAUGUUUUAGAAAGAACAAGAAAGGAUGGUAUUCCUACGGAUCCAAAAUUUAAUGACCAGUGGUAUCUUGUAAGUCUAUUUUACUUUACUAAGUAACCAGGCUAGGUUUAUUGGACAUUUUAUACAGCCCUGCACAACUGAAAGUUUUAAUGAACUUAGGAUGAGGUACCUCUUUUUAAGGUUUAUGUGGCCUUUAGAGCUACCCUCUUUGGGCUCCAAGAACGUCCUUCUUCGAUGUUUGUAAGAUUCGCCGUUUGGUGAAUUUUGCAAUUUGCGCAAUGAAGUCGACAUAUUUAAAGUUUAAGAGGCCAAACUGCACACCUUUUCAUAUCAAAGCUUUAAUAAUUUGGUCUGUUGAAAAAUCUUCUUUCCGAUUUCUGCUUCCUACGUAAGUGAACAUAAACUCUAGGAAAAGAGUAAAACGUUCUUCAAUCCUGGCUGCAAGACAUACAGUAACUGUUAUCAAGUAACAAGCUGUUGAUCCAACAUUUUCUUAGGCUCAAUUUCCGCCGCUCUCUCGGGUUCUCGCGGGACAAGGCUGCGGGAUCAUUUCCCGAACGGCCUAACGCUUUCAAGGCUGUUUGAAAAAGGAAACCAACUUUCUUAGUUUUGAUUCUUUUCUAGCUUAAUUACAAAAGCGAAUUUGGUUGAUUGGUUCUUCAUUAAAUGCAUCCAUCGCCUUUAAUGUAGAAGUGAUCGAAUGUACUCUACCUUUCUUCACAGUUAAAUCAAGGCCAGUCCACAGGUCCAGCUGGCGUCGACCUCGAUGUGAUGCCAGUUUGGCGACAGGGAAUCACGGGAAGAGGGGUAGUGGUUAGUAUUCUUGAUGACGGAGUGGAUCACACGCAUCCAGAUCUUAGAGAUAACUUUGUAAGUUCACUUCAUUAACUAUGAUUCAUUAUCGGCAGAUAAAUGUCCGGUCUGCUGUGUUUUAUAUGUGAUGAAACACCAUGUCUUGUGUGCGAUAUAUUACUUGAAAAUACAACAAAAGGCCAAAAAGGCUUUCAACAUAUUUUCUUUUAACUUCUUUUGCAGUUAUUAUUUUUUUUCAGAAAUCUCAAUGUGAUAAGGAAACAAGCAAUUGCUCUUAAACAUUUUUCAUUCACUAACUGUUAGUUCUUUUAGUAGCCAUUAUUGGUAUUAUCACUGAAACUGCGAAACAUAAUAAAAGUGAUUGGCUAUAUAAAAAAAAGCAAUAAAUGCUAACUUUAAUUUCUGUACCAGUUGACUGUUGGAGAUUCUUUUUUCUCUUUUUAAGUAGAACGAAUUGCAAAUAUUUGGAGUCCGUUAAUAUAUUUUUUUUCCCCUAAGGAUCAAAAAGCGAGUUAUGAUUUCAACGACAUGGAUGCUGAUCCAAAACCAAGAGACAGUGAUCCUGAUAACUGGUUUGUUAUUGACUUAUUGAUGGAUUUUUUUUGCUAGCUUCCAGGCCUUUAAUUUCAGAGAUUGGGACUGGACGAUUUACGCUUUAAAACCGAGCCCAAUAUACAUGUGUGCGUUGAAUUAAGACUCAAUAAUUUCUCUUGACCACUUAGCAAGUGAAUUACUUGGAUACUCUGUCCAAAUUUUGGUGGUUGCUAUCAAGACAUUUCGACGUCGGUGAAAGAAACAAUUCGGCUGUUGUCUGAAAACCAGAAGAAACAUUCUAUCUUGUGCAUGACAUCUCAUAUGUCAACUUGUAUUUGUUCAGCAAUAUGUUCAUGGGUAAAGCAGGAUCGUAUAGCCUAUACAAAAUCAGUCCCAGCUUCGUAUUUUCUAGCGCAAAACUGUUGAAUGCUCUGUUAACAACGUGAACGGUUAAAAGAAAACCCGAAAGUAUUCACUGAAAGAUAACACAUCGUGCGAAAUGGAAAUGCUAACAUUUCGCUAAUUUUUAGGGUUAAUUAGUUGAUUUCCAAAACGAUUCUAGGAGCUUUGCACUUCUUCGUGUACAGUCCAUCAUUUUGCUUGAAGCGGCGUCAUACAUUCAGUUAUAACACUAAAUAGAGUGCUGCGUACCUACUUUUUACGAGCAAAAAACCAGAGUAUAUGCAAAAUCUUCCAUGACAUUCCCGAGGUCCUGUCAGGGUAAAAUCUCAACAAGCGACAUGGCCUUGUAACAUUGGACAACAGAAAUGGUGACAAACGACACAAACACGGCUUGAAACCGCGACAGUGACAAAUAGUAGAAUACCGACAGCGUCAAUGGCUUCCUCCUCAUUAUACGCGAAACGACAGGCUUUGAAAUUCAGACUAGUAAGGACAUACGUAACCCCACUAAAAGGUCUCAUUCCUUAAAAUAAUUUUUUUUCUAUUUUCUAGUCAUGGUACGAGGUGCGCUGGAGAAGUGGCAGCAGUUGCCAACAAUAGCAUCUGCGGUGUAGGAGUGGCUUAUGAUGCCAAUAUAGGAGGUAUGGGAAUACCAUAAUAAUGUCAGGAAACAAAAAAGAACCGAAAUUUAAAAGUAGUAGAAACCGCCCAGGUGGUGAUCAAGAAAAUUUGGCAGGGAUGGCACAAAGGAAUUUUCCUGUUACUAGCCCUUCCAAUACUUCGAUUCCAGUUCCCUACACCUUCAAAACUUAUUAAGCAGCAGUCUGAGGACGCCCCUUUUCACGGGCAUGUGAAACUAAAGCCUAUGAAAGGCGUCUACCAUGGCAGGCUACUUGAGUACGAGAUAUUGCAAAACGUUUUCGUUACGCAGUUACCAGACUAUCACCAACUUCGUCAAAGGAAACGAUUCAAAGAAAACAGAUUGAUAGGAAGUAACGCACCUCCAAAACGUUUUUUUAUCCCUAAUGUAGGAGUGAGAAUGUUAGAUGGUCAAGCGACUGAUGUAUUGGAAGGGAGUUCACUAAGCUUUCAAUCCGAGUAUAUUGAUAUCUACAGCAAUUGCUGGGGUCCUAAAGAUGACGGGAAGACGUUCGGAAAACCAGGAAAACUUGCACAAGAAGCGCUAAUGCAGGGCGCUCUUAAGGUAAAAUUACUUGUAAGACGAAGACAUGUUUGGUGUGUUGUUUAUUUAACUAAGUUUGAAAGUAUUUCACAAAGUAAAUCUUCCAAGGUUUUGGAAUAUUACAUCACUCAACUUUUUCCGAUAUAUUACAGUUCAGUUGUUAGUAAGAGUCCUUUGUUUAUUCCAAGCGCUGCCUGAAGCAUUUAAAUCAUUUUGCCCUUGCUUUAUCUAAACAUUCACAGGGUCGCGGAGGUAAAGGUAACAUUUAUGUGUGGGCGACUGGUAAUGGAGGACUAACAGAUGACGACUGUAACUGUGAUGGAUACACUACCAGUAUAUACACCAUAUCAGUGGGCUGCAUAGGCGACCAUGGCCUGUCAGCUUAUUACACCGAGCUAUGCUCGUCCACUCUAGGAGUUACAUUUAAUGGAGGGUCACACCGGGAGAAAGAAGAAAACAAAAUGGUAAUAUAAUUUAAAACCUUUAACUGAUCAUUAAAAUGAUUGAAAUGGCAAAUGGUUCAGUAGUCGUCACCCUGCGAGCAGAGCUUGAUCCAGGAGAAGAAAAGAAGCCUCUACCUGAACGGCGUUAAGCCUUUGAAUUCCGGGGCCGAAGGCCAAACUUCUCGACCAGUCAAUCUUGUUUCCUCUCUUGUUCAUUGAUAAACUGAUGGUCAUAACUGAGCCUGUCUUACCAAGCACACGGCGAUUAGGCCUGUUUUCGAAACUGAAUCGUAGCAACGUGUAGGCUUGCUCAACAAAGAAUUUACUUGAUUCAUGCUAAGCGAAAGAAAGCUUCCUUCUCUGCUGCUAGGAUAGUUGGUCGUAUGCUAUUUUCGUUUUCAUUCCAUAGAAGAACCUGCCAGAGAACCGCGAUUUCUCCAAUGCACGUUGGUAGCGAAUCUUAAUUGAACGAGGGACCAGCAAAGGUUACCUUUGUUGAGAGCUGGUAUAACUUGAUUUUUUUCUCUUUUGGGAAAAAAAUUUUUGUGAAAAAUUGUUUUGUCCCUUAACACGAGAACGAGACUCAAAGCGCCGAAGGGAAAAAAUGUCACCCGCUUAGAAAUGAGGUUGCUUACUCGACAAGAGGAGCUUUUUAAAAACAUGUUGAAAGUUAUUUUGUUUUCAAUAAAAUAAAUAAUAUAAAUAAACAAAUAAAAGUAUAAACCGUGGAUGAGGUCUGUGUUAUUGCAGAUAUUUUCUGGACGGACCUGUAGAGAAAGGGUGAAAAUUUCACGUGACGUCGUGCACGUCCGCCAUGUUGGACUCCCAAAACACCUCAUAGAGUGUUUUCACUCACGUGGCCAAGAUCUAUCCAAAUUUAUUGCAACAAAAGAAAGCGUUUACAUAAGAAAAGAGUUCAAUUUCUAUGGGAUUUAUUUGGAAAACCAACAUGGCGGCCAUUUCAUUGUUUUAGGAACACCAAGAUGGCCGCCGUGACGUCAUGUGAAAACGCUCUUUUGGUGUCCCAAAACAAUAACACAGCGGCCAUGUUGAUGUUUCGAACCAGCCCUGUGGGAAUUGAACUCUUUUCUUAUGUAAACGAUUCCAUUUGUUGUAGCAACUCAAUUUGCAAAGCUGUUAGCGACGUGAGUGAAAACGCUUUUUAUGUAAUGUGUGACGCUGUGUUUUUCUAGGUGACCACGGAUCUGCAUCAUAAGUGCACCGAGGAGUUCAAGGGAACAUCGUCUGCUGCCCCACUGGCGGCUGGAAUGUUCGCUCUAGUUCUUCAAGCCAAGUGAGUUGAUAUUUCGUAGCCCAAUGACCUUUUAUCUUCCAUAUAAUUUUUCCAUAUGAUGAGAGACAAGAAACGGUGUUCAGUUGUCUUAUCUAGUUUUCUGCAAAUAAAAAGGAAAACAAAAGACCAAAAUCUCUACCUGCGCAGCAUACCUCUGAUAAAUCCUGAUUGCUCGAUGGUUCUUUUUUUUGGAUUGUCCAAAUACGCUUAAAAAGCUGACUAGGAACCAAACACACUUACUGAACUCUUGUCUAAGUAUUUUAAUAGAAUAAGCUCACAAUUAGUCAUUUUCUAAACGAGCAAGAGACUGGGUACGAAUGCCGAACUUCGUUUCGAUUCUAUUGGGCCAAAAGUUGGACACGGAAAAAUAAGCGUUAUUGUAAAAAAAGGGAAAUCAAUUGUGGGCUUUUAAAAAUCGCUCAAACAAGAGAGCGAUGCCGGAUUAGAGGAACGCCAUAGCUUUCCCUCAAACCUUACAAAGCUCUUUACAGAUUUUCAAAAAAGUGCUCUGUCUUUUUCCGUACAUUGUCUUUACUAUUGUCCACCAAGACACAGCCCGUUCUUUAACUGUAUGACAUUCGCUGCGCUAUUGAAAACCCUGUUGAAACACAGUAAGCAGUUUUGAGUUGCAAAAAAUGAUCAUUUUUAUUGUUACAAACAUUAUAUUUUGGGCAUAAACCGUCUCAUCAUUACUUUGUUGUUGUUAUUUCGUUUCUUUAGCCCUAACCUUACAUGGCGGGAUGUCCAGCACCUUGUGGUAGAAACCGCUCAAGUAACAAGUCCCGUGGAUGAAGGAUGGAUGAAGAACGGAGCCGGUUAUCAUUUUAAUCACAAGUUUGGUUUUGGGAGACUUGAUGCCUCAGCAAUGGUAAAAAGAGCAAAGACUUGGAAAAAUGUGGCUCCACAAAGGACCUGCCACGGACCCUCCAGUCAAACGCAACAGUAAGUCAUAUACAAUAAUCCGCAAUGCAGCCUUCAGUUUUUCGUUAAUAGUACUUUAACCGUUUCGUUCGUUUGCUACCCAGGGGGAACCCAACGAAGCUUUAUACGGGGAGGUUCCACCCCGAGGUCCAACCCCUUACCGUUUUAUGAACCAUUUUGACUGAAAAGGUACCCUUUUCGUAUAGCACCCACUGACAACAAAUGUUGCCACUUUCACAGACCUACAAGUGGUUCAAAACAUUGCAUCCCUUUAAAUUCUGUAAAUUCACCGUCCUUUUAAUAAGAAUAAAUCACUAAAUCGGGAAGUCUUCAUGUCUCUUUUACAUCCAUAAAAUGCAUUAGGUGUUAGCCCUCUUGGUCCAUUCAGAGACUGGAAUGACAGAUUUCCCGACUCUUUCAUAUACUCCUUUUACGAAAUCAUUAUUCUUUCAUUUAACAGAAGCCUGAAAAAGGUAUCCCUUUCGCCCGGAGCCUCCCCCUGUAGGUCGUUAUAGGGAGUAGCUCCCUUGGGCUUUUGCUCUAGCUUAUAAAGUUGAGAAAUGAUUAUUCUCUGUCGUGAUAGCCCGGCAAUCUCUUUAGGUUACCAGUUUACUGCACUGUUUUUCCGAGCGCAGUUAAUAUCUGGUAAUUAUCUGCGCUUCUUAACUGAAGCAAAAAGAAGUAUCGGGUGUAAAUAAAAGAUAAACCUACAGCAUAAGUGGCAUGGCGAGAACUCUUGUUAUUCUAACAUUUUGAAUCUGUAAGAAUUGCUUAAUUUUUUAUUGUACUGCUAACUCGUGGAUAUUCUGCUGACUAAACGGCGUCUUUUUCAGGGAAAUCCCCGCUGGCGGAACCCUAUCAAUCACUAUUGAUACCAUUGCAUGCGAUGGAACUGACAAGGAAAUCACCAAGGUAGAGCACGUGACCUUAACAGUUAGCUUCCAACAUCGGCGUCGUGGUGACGUCAGUGUAGACUUGUUUUCUCCGAGUGGGACUAGAAACGAGAUGCUUUCUACCCGGCGUUAUGACGAUUCAAAGAAUGGGCUUCAUGAUUGGACAUUCAUGACCGUGCAUAACUGGGGAGAGAAUCCCAAGGGGGUGUGGGUGAUGAAUGUUACGGAUAACAUUGCUACGUUGAACAAAGGGGUGGAUGUGAAUGGAUACCUUCAGCAUGACACAAGUAAACAGGAAGCAGAUGUAGAGGACUUGGAAGAGGAGGUCAGUUUCUUGGUUCUUGAUAAUAGCUUUACUUGGGCUUACACUUAUAACAGUUCUGGCUUUCGAUGCCAUCUGUUUAAGAAUGUGAUUCGCCAUUUUAGAAAGAGAUGGAAACUGUACCGAGUUAUCGUUUGCAAAGACCUCUGGGAUUUGGGAGAGGAGUUCUUUCACGGGAGCAUAUGAAUAUUUAAUUGACCAGCAACAUCAGUGGCUUCAUAGCUCAGUUAGAGCAUCGCACCAGUGUCACGGGCUCAAACCCCGUUGAGGUCCUGAAUUUUUUCAGGCUUCUUACGCAAUUGCAUCAAUUGCGUUCACAACUGCGAAGAUAAUUCUUCAUUCGAUUUCACUUCCGCAGUUCUUAUAUGACAUUUAUUAUAUAAACUGCAGUGUUUUACAAGGAUUUCUACCACCAAGAAAUGUGGUAUCUGAACACACGUAAAAAUACGAUAUUUUUACAUGUGAAGAUAUCGAUAAUUUCACUGACAUCAGGUUUGCCUCUUAAAUUGUACUUAAAUUCGUUGGUGUAUCAUCGAGACAUCUUCGGGUCUUCCUCGAAAGUGCUCGGCAAUCUUCGGCAAUCUUCGGAAAUCUUCGGAAAUUUUCGGAAAUUCUCGGAAAAUGUUCGGGAACGUUCGUCUGGUCUUCGGGACAAUUUGAAAAAUCUUCGGAAAUCUUCGGAAGGUGGUCGGAAAUCUUCGGAAAAUCAUCAAAAACGCCGUCAUCAGUAUGUUUAUAUAAUAAACAGAAUAAUACAUGGACGCUUGGAGAUAUGGAAUUUAUCUUCGAGUGUUCACAUCGAUAUCGAACGAGUGAGCGCAGCGAACGAGUGAGAUAUCGAAUGUGAACACGAGAAGAUAAAUUCCAUAUCUCCAAGCGUCCAUGUAUUAUUCUCUAUUUAACACAUUCAUCUCUUUCAUGGGAACAUAUGUACAUAUAAUUGACCAGUUCCCAACAUCAUUUGCCUCAUAGCUCAGAUGGUAGAGCAUCACACUGGUAUCGCGAGGUCACGGGUUCAAACCCCGUUGAAGUCCUGAAUUUUUUUCAAGCUUUUUAUGCAUUUUCAUAAAUUGAGUUCACAACUGCGAGGAUCAUUCUUGAAAUGACUUCUGGGAUUGUUACUACUACAGAGGAAAAAUAGACCUUUCUAUUUUCAUUGAUAUGUUUGCUCCGAAAUGGGCACGCGGGCCCCAUAAAUUAACACGUUUUCCCUCCUGGGACCCUUGCAUCACCCCUGGGUAUUGAGCGUGGUAUUUAAGUGUUUUGCCAACAUCAGGAUCACUUAUCAGAUCGCUUUUCUAUGUGUUCAUGCCCCGAGAGGGCAUAUAUACUUGCGUUUUUUGUGUGCCAUUCGGGUUUUCGUCGUUGAGUAUGGCCUAGGCUCCUGACGCUAUCCUUCCUCAUGUUUUGGAAGCCGUUCGCCCGGCUGUGAUACCUCCUUCGAGUUACUUUUAUAGCGUGAGUCGCUUUCAGACUGGAUUUCAUGGCGGGUAUCAUUCUCCAUUUCAUUUCAUAGCGAGUGUCGCUUCGAGUUGUUUCAUAGCGUACGUCGCUUUCAGUUGUUAUAGCAUGUCUCGCCUUCACGUUGGUUUUCCUCGGCGUGUGUCGCCCUCCAGCUGGCCAUUUCUGGCGUGAGUCGCUUUCACUAGUUUCGUGCUGUCUUUCGUAUUUUGUUCUCCAUUUUGUGUUUAUUGCGUGUGUCGCUUAUAAGUUUGUUUUUCAUGGCGUGUGUGGCCUUCAGGUUGUUUUUACGGCGUGUGUCGCCUUCAGGUUGUUUUCACGGCGUUUGUCGCCUUCAAGUUAGCCAUUUCAGCGUGUGUCGCUUAUAAGUUGUUUUCAUGGCGUGUGUCGCCUUCAGGUUGUUUUCACGGCGUUUGUCGCCCUUAGGUUGCCGUUUCUGGCGUGUGUCGCUUUCGCUAGUUUCAUGGUGUCUUUCGUAUUUUGCUCUCCAUUUUGUGUUUAUAGCGUGUGUCGCUUAUAAGUUGUUUUCAUGGCGUGUGUCGCCUUGAGCUUGUUUUUACGGCGUGUGUCGCCUUCAGGUUGUUUUCACGGCCUGUGUCACCCUCCAGUUGGCCGUUUCUAGCGUGUGUCGCUUAUAAGUUGUUUUCACGGCGUGUGUUGCCUUCAACCUGUUUUCAUGGCGUGUGUCGCCUUCAGGUUGUUUUGACGGCGUUUGUCGCCUUUGGGUUGACGGCGUGUGUUACCUUCCGGUUAGCCGUUUCUGGCGUGUGUCGCUUUCACUCUAGUUUCAUGGUGUCUUUCAUAUUUUGCUCUCCAUUUAGUGUUCAUAGCACUUGUCGCUUACAACUUGCCCGGGCAUGUACCACCUUCAAGUUGUUGUCAUGGCGUGUGUCGUUAAGCAGCAUUUCUAACUUUAGACGUUUUCAGACUAGUUUUUAUAACGUGUGUCGCUCUUAGGUUUCAGCCGUUAUAGCGCGUAUCUCUUUCAGGCUGGUUUGUUUAUGGUAUUUUCUGCUCCUAGUUUAGUUUUCGUAGUUUGUGUCACUUUCAGCCUAGUAUUUGGCAUCUCCUGCUCUUAUUUAUUCAGUAUGUCGUUUCUCCCUUUUAGGAUCGUUUUUCAUGGUGUGUUACUUCUUUUGUCCUCAUGUACGGCGCGUUAUUUUGGUCUUGUAUUUCACAUUUUCUAUACUUUGCGGUCCGUGUUUUUUCUGUAUGCGUGCUCCUUCGCAUAUCCUGUAGUUUGUCGCGUUUUUAUUCGCGUUCUUUGUUGCUUACGUUUUCUUUUCCGCAACUAGUUCCAGUAUUCGGAAAUUUUCUUCUCUAUUUCUUUGUUUGUUCGUCAAUGUUGUAGAAGUUAAAACAUGAGUUUUUUCUAGUUUAUUUCCUCGGGCCCAUUUGUUUUCUCGUCUUUUAUUCACUUGGCAUUUUUAAGCGAUGUUAAAGUGUUAAGCUUCCAUUGCCAGUACCCACGGCACGUGCUUUUAUCAUCGGUUUUUCUGGUUCGAAUUUAGAAUUCAUAAUCAUGGCAUCUCUCUUCCGUUUUUUUUUUUUACAAAUAUCACACACUCGGGGGCUCUUAAACGGAAGACGGUCGCUUUCAUCCUGUUAUUUGGAAUUAGUCAUCCGCGGUUCUGUGGUUUGUUGUUAGUUUUAUGGGCUUAUAGUUAUUUAUGCAGGUUCAUCUCGACUACAUGUAUACCUCGUGUCACGCAAAUCGGCCCAUCGCUUUGUUUUGGUUGGUUUUUUCUUGUGUGUUGUUUUACUCGCUUCUAGAAAUGUGUCGUUAUUUCAUGACUUUCGGUCCUGUGCUCCUGCUAUCAGUCCGGUCGAUCUGGGGCGGGUAGUCUAAAUCAUGCCCGAUACUCUGUCUGUGACGGGGUUCCUGGAUCGGCCUGGUUGGUGGCUCCCCUUUUUCUCCUUUCUUUCUUUCUCCAGUUUCGGUUUAACGCUAUCACGUGGGGUAUAUGUGCGUUACCUUCGUGGUAAUCUAUUUCCAAUUAUUUCGCUUUUAGGCACUGUUUAACUUUGGUUAAAACGCACGAGAUUCCGUCAGAUCUUAUCAUUCCUAGUGUAACUGGAAGGGGAGCCCGCCAGUUGGGCCGGUCCGCUCCCGUCUCCCUCAUCGAUCUCGGCUAUUUCUUUGGCUUUGGGAAGUCGACGCUUGUUCCCAGGCAAACGUCGGUUUUUCUGUGGUACAUCAUAGAUUUUUCCUUACACUACGUUUUUAAUGUCCCUAGAUAAGAAUGUAAAACUUGCUUCUUUUCAAGAAAAUAUGCUUAGCCGCAAGACGGUAUUUCUAAGUCUCUGCAGAAGUCUGUGGGAAGAUAAACUUCUUUACACUCUUGUACCUGCCGCCAGGUUGUUUUCUCGUGCGGUGUGUUUGGCCAUAUCACACGACACUGGCGUCUCCAAGAGCUGUUCCCGUAGGAUGAGCUUCUGAGAUUGGGGGGAAUAUGAAGAUUUUUCUGAGGUUGUUGGCUUAGUGGCAGCAUUCGGCGCUCGGGUAGAAAUUAUUUUCGCCCAUAUCUUAGUAUUCCCCGCGUGUGCCAUAGAGGUGCAGCAUAUCAAUGAAAAUUCUCCUACUAUUUUCAUUGAUAUGUUUGCUCCGAAAUGGGCACGUUCCUGGGACCCUUGCAUCACCCCUGGGUAUUGAGCGUGGUAUUUAAGUGUUUUGCCAACAUCAGGAUCACUUAUCAGAUCGCUUUUCUAUGUGUUCAUGCCCCGAGAGGGCAUAUAUACUUGCGUUUUUUGCCCCCCCCUCCUCCCCUCAGCGACGAAAACCCGGUUAUGCUGCACUUCUUCGCAUACGCGGAAAUUAUUUUCGCCCAUAUCUUAGUAUUCCCCGCGUGUGCCAUAGAGGUGCAGCAUAUCAAUGAAAAUUCUCCUACUACCGAUACGGGGGCCAUAUCGAAUUAAUUCGAAUUAAGGAGUAUUAUAGGAUGCCCAGGGGGCAUGAGCACAUUUCGUUUGUAUUUUCGAGUGCUUGUCGGGCCAUUUUUUGUUAAAGUUUUCUUAGAAUAAGAUUGUAAUGGGAAAAAAAGAUCGUUGUGCCGUGUUUUUAUGUAAUAAUGAUCGCCUUUUGCCGAGAAAUAUACAGUGGAAGGCCAUAUUUUUAAAACUAACUAGAUAAAGGCGAUAAUUAUUACAUCCAAACACGGCACAAGGAUCUUUUUUCCCAUUACAAUCUUAUUCUAAGAAAACGUUAAGAAAAAUGUCCCGAAAAGCGAUCGUUAAUACAAACGAAAUUUGCUCAUGUCCCCUGGGCAUCCUAUAAUACUCCUUAAAUCGAAUUAAUUCAAUAUGGCCGCCGUAUCGGUAAAAAGGUCUAUGGACCAAUAGCUGACGGACGCGUCCCCAGUAACGAUCCCAGAAACAAUUGCGCGACGCAUCUCGGCUCCAGUUCCCCUCUUGUUUCGGAUCAAUUUAGGUUUCCGGGAAACUGCCCACCUACCCCUCCCCUGAGUCAACAUUAGGGAGCUUAAGCAACGGUGUUUUUGAGCGACGGCGGUCAACCGGAAGUGGACUUGGUUGAAAGUCUCUGGUAAAUAGUCUCUAUAAGAGAAAAGAAACUUAGCAAUACAAAUUUGUUAGCGCCAAUGCAGAUAAAAAGAGAGAAGGCCUCACUUCCGGUUGACGUGUGUCGCUCAAAAACGUCUUUGCUUAAGCUCCCUAUUAACGCUUACUUCUCACUUAGGGCAAAAUGUUGGAUUAGGGGAGGGGUAGGUGGGUAGUUUCCCAGAAACCUAAAUUGUUCCCUUGUUUGAUCCCUUGGCGAGUGAAAGCAGCAACAACGACAGAGACGACAAAAACAGCAGGAGAUGUGCAGUAAACACAUAUACGUGUUUUGCCCUCAAAUAAAUAACAAAAAUUAAUGCUUCUUAGAGGUUAGUUUUAGAAUGGUGAAGCAGUGGCAGUAGUAAGAAACCAUCAAUGUUUUUGAAUAGACAAUUCAUAUUUGGAAUUAAAAUGCUUUAUCUUAUGUUGAAAAUUGAAUAAUUUUUCUCUGAUUAGCUUGCGUUCCACAAAAUUCCUUUAGUCACCAUAUGCUCAAAGUAUUUCACAGAAAACUCUUAUGGACUAUUUAACUGUCGACCAAUCAAACGCGAGAAAUCACUUAGUUAUUGUAAAGCACGUUUUUGAAUCAAUGUAAUUUGACUGCAAUUUUCUUGUUUUUUUCGUUUAUCGGAGUUAAGGUAAUUGAUGACGAGAAGAAAACCCAAGAAUUAGAAGCCAAAAAAACUGGCAUGGAUGGCGCAAAAGCCCCAUUAGUAGAUGCUCCGUACCCGGAGGGGGUGAAAAAGCAUAAGAUUCGCGUUCCUGAAGCUCCGAAAGAGAAAGCGGGAAGUGAAGAGGACGAAUUGGAAACAGGAAAUGGUAAGACAAACGUCUUUUACUUUAUGACAAUUUUAAACCAGUUUUACGAUCGGUGUAGAAGCAGCUUGCUAUCGCAAGGCUCCAGUUGUUCAAAAUAGUUGAUAGCGCUAUACAAUCCAGUGUAUAACGCAACAGUUUUUCCUAAUACUUAUCAGCUGGAUAGUGAUUAAUCCGGUGGAUAGUGUUAUCUAGCUUUUGAACAACCGGGGCCAGAAAAAAUAAAAGUUCAUUCAACAACUCAGGAGUAGUAGAAGGGAGUUCUUCACCCUUAGCAGAUUCAAAAGAACAGAUUCAAAAUCUGGUGUUUCGAUCGCUAGCCCUUUUUGUCGUUUCAUUCUCUAGCUCAUUUCCUUUCGGGAACAGGACUUGUGCGAUGAUUUUUUCAUUUAAACUCAUAAUUAGACAGCGCCUGGUUAUUCCGAGGGUAAAAAUACCAAAGGCUGUAUCCCUUACACAAAAAGAGUAAUGACUGUUCCAUCCGUAUGUUUGGGUAUCUUAAUGAUUGUCUUUCUUUGUGAUCGAUUGAGUAACCUGUCAACUAAUUACGCUUUAGAAUGUGUAGUGAAUUCAAGACUUCUAUGGGGAGAAUUAUGCUAUUUUAGUAGUUGCCAAUUGUUGAAAUUUUUUUAGUGUUCUCUGGGUUUAGCUGACCCCUCGUGAAAAUACUCUUCAAUCACAGUUCCUAGUAACACAGAGGCAGAGGAAUGGGGAGACUAUGAUCCAGGAACAUUCGACACCUUUCUUCCUGAACAAUAUCAAAAUGGGAUAGGAAUGAGUCAGAAUCCUGGUGCGUUUUUAACAUCGUAUGAAACGCCGGACAUAACAGAGCAAGGCAAUAACUACCAAAUAGCAACGGCAGCUAAAAAGACUUUUAUUGACGAGGAUACGGGCGACGAUGAAAGUAACAAGGUUUACGGAUACGAUCGUUACAUUUACACCACUGAACCCGAUGACCCCACGAAGUUGUCCGAGAGCAAAAGAACAGAUACCGACUUUCAGGGACAGAGAGUUCAGGUUACAACCGAAGAGACUGGUUCUCAGCGGGUGCAAGUAAAUAAUGGCUUCCAGGAGGAGUUUGUUCCCGGGUUGAAUCCCGAGUCCGGGAGGAUUAGUUCUGGGGUUUUGUUAGAAUGGAAGCUGACAUUUUACGGGACGGGUCCCGUGGACAGCAUGUCAGGAUAUGGGGACGACGACGAUGAUGGCACGUCUGAUAUUGAUCUAGAUUUAUAG